GCAUGUUAUUAUGCACUUCAUAUACUGUUGGACUGUAAUCGAGUGUAGUCACGUUUUACCUCCAUUCGUAGUGAAUUAAAAAAACAUUAAAAUUAUUGAAUUAAAUAGUGCAUAUUCUACUACAAAAUUACAAGACAUUUCAUUCUUAAAAGAAAAACGAAAUAAAUAAAUACUGGCGACUAGUAAAUACUACAUGACUACAAGCGAAACUUUUGACGGCAAUUAUUUUUAUAGUGGUGUUUAUACGUACCUACUGUUAUUAGAAAUGGAAACAUUGACGGAGAUGAUUAAUAAAUUUUCUAUCACUAGUUAUGACAAAGACACAUCGCAUUGGGUGGAUGUUACUUACAUUAAUCAUCCCCAUAGCUUUUAUGUUCGCCCUACACUUUACAGAAAAUACAUGCAGGAAUUACAAGCUUCCACUGGGAGUCUAAUAGAUCCUUUAGAUAUGCACGUGGGUAAAAUUGUUAUUUAUAAAUCGGAAAUACUAAAAAUAUACGCGAGAGGACAAGUAAUCCGAAUGAAUGCUGAAAUAAAUGGAAUUACCUGUGACAUCCAAGCCUUGGACCAUGGUUGUUUGGACAAAGCUGUGCCAUUAAAGCAGAUGUACAAACCUGUGAUUGAUUCGUAUAAUCUACCACCCUUAGCUAUUCACUGCCAACUAUCAGAGUGCUAUCCUAUUGGUAGAAAAUGGGAUGAUAAGUCAAUUGAUGCUAUGAAGUGUUAUGUAGGCACUGAACAAGCCAAAGUAAUUAUUAAGGAUAAAAAACUAGACAUUUUAAUCGUGGAGUUGAUAAAUUCAUGCCCUGAUGAUAUUGCCACCUUACUUGUGAAGACUGAUUAUGCAAGUCUUGGAUUUGACUUUGUUAAUAAUAGACUUUCAUCCUCAUCUGAAAAUAAGAACAUGCAUUAUAUUUAUAAAAAGUUUAAAGUUGGUGACAAACUAUGGGUUAGAGUACAAAGUGGGAAGGCCCUGGAUAGCUUUUUUGUUUGCGCAGUAGAAGAUUACAAACCAUAUUUACAAGAGAAAAAAAACUUUACAUUAUCUUACAAAGCGUUGAAUGAAAAAAUUCGUCCAGAAGAUAUUGAAGCGGGACUACCUGUUGCUGUAUUAACUGAGGAUCAACGCUAUUAUGAGCGUGCAGUUAUAAAACAAUUUACUAGCUCCCAAGAUAAAUAUGUGGUGCAAUAUGUUGAUAGCGGGAACAUUGUUACCGCACAUUUCAACUGUAUGAAGCCUCUGCUACCGUAUCACUACACCCGACCCGCUUUGGCCAUUUAUUGUUCCAUAGAUAAGGAAUCAGUGCAGGACACUGGUUUACAAAAGCUUCUUCAUCCUGGAUAUGAUUUUAUUAUUGAAAUAAAAAAGGUUGGAGAUAAGCACAAUUCUCCCAAUAUUGUUCAAAUUAUGCCAAUAUUGUCUACUUAAAAAAUUACUUAAGUGUAUAUGAUGCAACAGUUGUAUGUAGGCUAUACAGACAAAAUAUAUUAAUAUACUGUUUGACUAUAAAGAAAAUGUUACUAGAUUUAAAAUAAGUGUACUCUUGAGUUGAAAUUCUAUGCGACUGAAAUAAUGUUGUCUUUAUUUUUAGUCUUUGUUAAUGUUAUCUUAUUUUUUAUUUUGGUUUUAAUGUAAGUCUAGCUAUAAGUGAAUAUCUUUUGUGCUCAAAUUAGUUGUGCGUUUAUUAUAAAAAUUUAAAUUUUGAUAAAUGUGAAGUAAAUUCACUAUGAAUUUAUCUAUAUGUUGUGUGUAUGGUUGGUAUGGUAAAGAUUUAAAUUUUUAUAACAAUAGUAGCAUAGUUCUUUUGGCAUGUAUGAUAUAUGUGACUAGGAAUUUAUUGAUCAGAUGAACCACAUGUUUGACAUAAUUAUUUUUUUAUUUUUAUAUUACAUAGUAUGUUAAUUCACAUAGUAAUUCUCAUACUCAUACUUAUGUAUGUUGUUUGAAUAUGUUAUUUUGUUUUGUAUUUCUAAAAAUAUAUUAGAUAUAAGAGUCUAUAUGAUUUAAACAACAACAUCAUUUGAUUAAUAAUAAGUAUGUACUUUGAA